AUGCAGGUUGACUCCAAGCCAUUCUCUCCACUUGUCAUCAACAUGGUCAAUGCUCAGCUUCGGGCCGAGUAUAGGGAAGUUCAUCGGCCGGCAAAAGGAAAGGAGCCGUUGGCUGAACCAGAACCGGUACCGUGCAGUCGGUGCAAGUACGAGAUCGGUCAGCUCAGACCGCCAGAGAACAAAAGGAAGGCCGCCGAGCCAUCUCAACCGACUAUGAAGAAAUUCAGCGGCCAAUACGACCGUCGGCCAGCAAGCAGAGCCGUUUUCGACCGACUAGGGGCACAAAGCCCAAGUACCUCAGCAGGCCGCAAAGACGAAGCCGCUCCUAGGCCGGUGAAGACUUUUAAACCACCGGUCGUACGGGAUGACCGAUGCAGAGACAAGUUCAGCAGGCCAGGAUUAAAACGCCAAAAGAAGAUGGCGACCGCAAAUGAGCCACCAUCCGUACCAAUCGUUCCCUCUACAACGAAGGCUGCCAGCAUCAAGCCUCCGAGGACGUGGCGCCCUAGGCAGGACGGUUAUCCCUGCAGAAUGGCGGCCGUUUUGGUCGAGCCAAAGGCCGCGGCCCUAGAGAAAACAGAUGAGGGUAUCAUCGACGUCUACCACGGAAGGGACCCCCCUUUUUCGGCCAACGGUUUGUCCUUUCUCAUGGAAUUCCAUAAGGACCACUCGACCACCGAACUAUACGGCAUGACCCCUGAGAACCGUGAAAUCGUGGAGUUGGCCCUCAAAAACGCUAAGGCGGAGGCGCUCCUCAUUACCAGCGGAUCAAACUCGGCCAUUAAGGCCGUAUACCAGGCAAACCGGGAUGCCAGGAGCGACUUAGAAUACCUUCGCCAAUAUUUUACUGUUACUCCGACCGACACUAUCUUUGGUCUGACGAUCGAGGAAAGGGCCCGGGUAAGCCGUCUGGACGACUACUUAACGGCCAGGGAUGCGUUAGCUAAGGCUAGACAAGCCCUCAAGGAGGAGGUCGAGGCCUUAGACCCCCCCUAA